AUGAAGUCUGGAUUUGCUCUCGCAGCUCUUGCCUUUGGUGGCAUGAGCUUUGCUCAGUCAACUACUGCUGUUGCAACUUCUGCUGUUGAAGUCGAUGGCCAAACUACGACACUUGUCAGCAACAUUGACCCUUCAGAUAUUGCUGCCCUUCCUGAACCAGCAGUCCUUGGGCCUCCCAUUGGUGUUUUCGAAACUGUUUCCUCCGCUUCAUACAACGCAGCUGAGGCAACCGCCUCAGCCCUUGCCCUUGUUGUUGAAGCUACUGAUGCUCAGACUGCUGUCAUCGCUCCCGAGAGCACUGCUAUUGCUGCUAGCAAGACUCCUGUGCCUGUCUCAUCUGAGGCCGCUGCGGCUAACAAGCGCUCAUAUCAUGUCCCUUCUGGCUAUACACCAGCAUUCGUCAACCUCCAGGGCUCCACCCAGGCUAACGGAUACUUGACUUACAAGACCCUCUCAGAGUAUGAUCCUCAGCAAUGUACUUCGGCUUGUGACAGUAUCAGCUCGUGUCAGUUCGCGAACAUUUACUGGGAGAGGGAUCCCGACAGCAACAACAACCCUGUCGACGUGGUCAAGUGUGCGCUUUACAGCAUGCCUCAAACCAACUGCACCGCAACCAACAAGGGACAAUGGCGUGGCUCGUUCCAUGUUUUGGUCACUGGUAGUAACGGCUACAACAAGGCUGCAGCUCCAAAGACUCCUGCUGGUUACUCUCUCCAGACUCUUCCUGCCGCCGUCAAUGCACCAGUCUAUGAUGACGUUGGUCAGUGGAGAUUCAUCCAGCCUGUUUACCUCAACUCUUACGACCCUGCCCUCUGCGCUGCCGCUUGUGACAAGCAGACUGCAUGGGACAAGUCUCAAGCCACUGAUGACUGCAACUACAAGACCUGUGUCUACGCAAACAUGUACAUCUUGUCGCAGGACGGAGUUCCAAAGACCGUUGUCUGUGCUCUAUACACCGAAGGCGUUGAUUCAAGCUAUGCUACCAACUAUGGCUACUCGACCGACACGGAUUCUUUCCAGGUCUCGAACUCGAUCGCUUUGACCAACACCACUGCUGUCAAUGCUGGCUACCCGCAGUUGUGCGCAGCUUCAUCUGGCGAUAUCUCCUACCUGAACUCAACUGGAGCCGAAUUCUGCACGAGCUACCUCGGUUAUGUUGCUCCCACUGAGACUGUCAAGACCACCGUUACUCCUGGAGCAACCACUGUCUUCGCCACUGUGACUGAGGAAGUUACUGUGACAUCGGUCUACUCUACUGAAACCGUUUCGGUCACAGGAGCUCCCGCAAACCAGAAGCGUCAAGAGAGUGUUAGAAUCGUCACAACCACUGUCGAGCUGCCUUUCAUCACUGUCAGCGGAAACGAGACUAUCGUCGACUACAUGACCAGCACUUUAACCGUCAAUGCCGCUUCCACUUCCGGUGCUGUCAUCACCCCUGCCGCAGCCGAUCCUGCAGCAUCUGCUGCCGCACUUGCCAAGCGUAGUGCUAGCGCCGUCCCUACUCCUUCUUCCAUCCUCCACUGGCCAUCAGCAAAGAUCUCCUCUGCUUGCUCGGAAAUCGCUACUGGCACCGUGACUAGCACGCAGACUGUCACUGCAUCUGGAUCAGUCGUUACUGAUGGCGCCACUCUCCCAAACACCAGUGACUCAUCCGCACCCACCUCCACCGCCAUCCCCGGCUGUCCCAAGACCGAUGGCACUCAAGGCCAACUCCUUCUCGGAGGCUACUCGCUCGGUUUCCCCACCCCCAUCACCUUCAACCACGAUCCCCUGUUCUGGACACCCCUGGGAGGUUUCGGCGAUGAGUUUGUCUACGACACAGCCGGCGAUUUCCUCUACCACGUCGACACCGGCUACUGUCUCACUCUCGGCGACGCCACCUCCAGCACAUCACCCAUGUACAUCGGCAGCCCCUUCACAUUGAGCGCCUGUCAAUGCACCACUAGCACAACAGUAACCCAAAGCUUCACCUUCAACUUGCUCAAAGUCAAGGGCGACAAGGCAAAGAAGAACUGCAACAAGUCUUACUACCCCGCGCUUGUGGAUACUGGCGAUGAUGAUUAUCCUUUCUCCGCUGUUUAUGCUGGUACCAAGCUUGAUGCUUGUAUCACUUUUGAGUCUGAUGCGGACAUUGAUGCGGGCAUGAAGUGA